AAACCCAUUGGGCAAUUAGAGAGAGGAAGAGGUGGAAAGCAAAUGGAAAAAGGGACAACGAGCAGUGAAGGAGAAGCACAAUACUUCUGCAAGGACUUCCACUGGGAAGACCUACGAGCAGAGGUGGAAGCAAACCCUUCCUAUGCCUACCACUUUGAAUCCGCGUCUUCUUCGUCAUCGUCUCAUCCACCCGAAUCAGACGUCCUAGCAUGGAAGCAAUUUCACCUCCGUCACGCAUCUGGAAGAUUCUUCAAGGAAAGACGUUAUUUGUUGAAGGAGUUCCCAGAAUUACUCUCCCGUCCCCCAAACUCCAAGCUUUUGGAAGUUGGUUGCGGCAAUGGCAGCACUGCUCUUCCUAUUCUACGGGCCAACAAGGAUUUGACUGUUUAUGCAUGCGACUGUAGUGAUGAGACUCUUGAGAGGGCUAACGAGAUUAUAAGUGAUGCCUCCACAGUUGCAUCCUUUCAACAUCGUUUCCGUACAUUCUGUUGUGAUCUUUCCACUGGUGGAUUCCCAAACUGGUUGGCAUGCGACCCUUGUCGAGAUAAAUUUUUACAAAAGCAGUCAUACUGUUUGUCAGAUGUCAGAGAGGGUAAUGGACUGCAUUUUACCAAUCCAUAUCCAUCAGAAGAAGUUGAAUGUUGUGUUGGCGGAGUAGAUUUUGUAACAUUGAUCUUUACUCUAUCAGCAGUACCGCUUGAAAGGAUGCCAAAGUCUGUCAAAGAAUGCUUUUUGGUGUUGAAGCCAGGAGGCAUGGUUUUUUUCAGGGACUAUGGCCUCUAUGAUAUGACCAUGCUUCGAUUUGAGCGGGACAAGCGAGUGGGAUUCAGGGAAUACAUGCGGUCAGAUGGAACAAGGUCAUAUUUCUUUUGUUUAGAUGCUGUCCGGAACCUAUUUUUGGGUGCAGGCUUCACUGAGCUUGAGCUUGAUUACUGUUGUGUUAAGUCUAUAAAUCGGCAGAAAGGGAAGUGCAUGCAAAGAGUGUGGGUUCACGGGAAGUUCCAGAAACCUGCACUGAGAAAUGAAAAAUCUCCCUUGGUGUGCUCCGAAGUGAGAUGAAAAUGUACACUUAUUCAAGUUUAUCAUUGAUUACUUUGUGCUACGCUGAAGAGUAUACAAGAGAAACAGGUAGAAAAGAAAUUUUUGGUCUAUGUAGUCCUUUAUUUUCGCUCCUAAGUUUUGGUACGCUGGAAAAUCUGAAAUGAUUAUUUUUGGAAAAGCAAAU